AUGAUUUCCGGGUUCUUUCUCAGCUACUCUAGCUUGUGCCCUGAGGGGAGGCUCCACAAUCUCCACCUGGCAUCCUUCUCCUUUGCGAAGGGUGCCAGCAUCCGUGGCCCGGCGGAGCAUGACACGGUCCGGUUGCUGUUGGAUGAGAUGCUUCUGGAUGGCUUUGUCACCCAGGGUGAGCCGCUGCUGGUGACCCAACCAGCAGAGCUCUUGGCUGAGCUCACGGAGGCUCUGGCUGUGAAGAUCAAAGUUCCUUGGAAGGGUGGCCUCCAACCUCUGUCCAUUGGGUACUUCAAAGGAAGGACACGAGUGAUGGUCCUUCUGGCAAUCCUCGCGGUGGCCAAGGAGAUGAAGAUUGAUUUGGCAGAGGCUCACCCAAAGUUCUUCCGGAGCCUGCAAACUGUGUUGGCACACCGGGUGCAGCUGCCGUCGAAGCGAGACGAACUCUUGGGGAACUUCAAACUGUCAGUGCGAGGUUCCAUUCGCAAAGCGCCCAACGUGGUGUCAGAGGCUCAUUUGCUAGGACAGUUGUUGGGUAGCAAGGCCCAAGCUGUCAAAAACAUUUUGAACAAUGUUCCUGCCAAAUGCCUCAAGCUCAUUGUGGACUACACUGUGGAAGUGGGCUACGAAAACACCCCGUGGUUCCGGAGCAAUGCAGGGCAAGUGUGGCAAACCAGGGGCAAGGUCACGCCAGAAAGCUGUGAGGUUUUUGUGUCUGCCCUCAUUGCGCAGAGCCGGAAGACGCCGGUAAAUUUGAUUCGCAAACUCGAUCGGGCUGGAUGGGACAGACUGGCGGAAGAGAGUGCCUGUGUAUCUGCGAUGGGUAUUGAGGUGCAGGGGAUUCUUCCAAUUGAUGAUUCUGCCCUACGAGGCGCCUGGCACAACUUGUUCAUUGCGGGUGACAAUGGGGUGGUGAUUGAAGUGCAGAGCUGCAUCCUGUCAAGGACAGUUGCAAUCCGUGAUGUGCCUAGCCUCAACCGCUUGAUCAAGGAACACGCAGCCAAUUGCCCAGUGCCAGCAAAGGCCACAGUGGCCACGAUGAAUCAGCUGGAGAGAGACUCCUUUGAUCUUCUCGAGAAGCAGGUCCAGUAUGACUUGCAGGCGUUGAGGAUUGCAAAGUCAAAGAGGUCGACCUGGGAAGCUUCGAUCUACCAUGUCAAGCUCCAACAUAAGCUUGACCAGCAUGCGAAGUCGAGGGCAGCCGCGCAGUGGUUCUUUGAAAACUUUGUUCAAGUCAUCCAUGGGGAUUGCAGCGAUGACUUGAUGAGGCAAUUCCAACUGCAUCGGGGUGAGACCAUCAGCAGGUUGAGGCUGGAGGCGUCAUCCUGUGCAAACUUUGUGUUUGUCAACUGGUUGGCCCCAUGCACGAUCAAGAACUCAGUCAUGUCCGGCCAAUCGGCCUUUGUCGCUGCCAGCAUCUUGGGGGAGCCACGGAACUUUGGUGCUGCCCUGCUCCCAAUCUUCAGCUACAAGAAGGGGCAACUCUGGAUGAUUGAAGCUGGAGCUAUUCGAUCCCUGGCAAUGUCAGGAUUGAACGUAGACAGUUGCUGGAACAUGUGCUUUCACAAGAAGGUGGACACCCGCGAUGGUAGACCAUGCAACUACCCUGGCAGGGUGCUGCUGCACCCGACAUUGAAGGACAAGAUGUGGCAGAAUGUGGCUCUGUUGCGGACUGGCAGAACUGAGCCCUGCGACAUGCUGCAUAGCCGCGACAUGCUGUCCAUAGAGGAUGUGAGCGCCGACGCGCUGCCGUCCACUGUGGACGAUGAUGCAGCAACUGUUCAAGGAGCAAAGAAGUAUGAGCAGUUCGGAGAGCAAGCCGGCCAGAAGCUGCUGGACAGCAUUCUGGAUGGGCUGCAGAUGGAGUCCAACGGCUGUUUGUUCAUCGUAGACGUCAAUGCUGGUGUGGGUGGCCUUUUCGAUGGGUACUUGUCAAAGCGGGGGGGCGUGCAACUUCAACUUGCAGUAUGUGGCGGUGAUGAGUGA